UGUUCACGUAGUAUUGGAAAACCUAGAAAUCGUACGAUGGUAUUACAUGUAUAUGUCCGCGUGUCGACAGUUUGUCAUCGGCCACGCUGGAAAAGGCUACACGCCACUAUUGAUUUACAAAUCUUGAUCAUUGUCGAUGGAAAUAAAGAUCCUGAAGCAAAUAGUUGAUACUUAUUUAUGAUCAAGACUGUGAAGACGACACCAUGCCUGCAGUAAAGUGUCCGUUCCCUGACUGUGCCUACACAACAGCCGAUCUAGAUCCGGCCAUCGUUGCGGCACUCAUAACUGCCCACAGCGCCGUACACACAUUGGCACCUGCCAAAACAGCCAGAGUAGAGAAAGUCAAGCGUCCUACAGUUACCGCCGCUGGAUCCAGCGAGGACUGGGCCUACUUUCUCUCACGCUGGAAUGAUUAUGUUGCUGCCACCAAACUGGAUGGUCGAGACAAAGUGAUCCAGUUGUUGGAAUGUUGUGAUGAACCUCUUCGGAGAGACCUAACGAGAACAACAGGUGGCAAUCUAACUGACAAAUCGGUGGACAAUGUAUUGGCAGCAAUUCGUAAGCUAGCAGUGCGUGAAGAAAACACAAUGGUGGCAAGAGUGACACUCCAAAACAUGAGACAAGAUCGCGAUGAAUCUGUCCGCAACUUUGGUGCACGUCUGAGAGGACAGGCUGACAUUUGCAAAUUUGUGAUUGACUGCAACAAUUGUGCCGCCAAAGUUAAUUACACUGAAGCAAUCAUGCGUGAUGUUCUCACAAGAGGUGUUGCAGACCCUGACAUUCAGCUUGACCUACUUGGUGAUAAAAACCAGAACAUGUCGCUAGAGGAAGUGUUCCAAUUCGUGGAAGCCAAGGAAGCAGGAAAAAGGUCAGCUUCGAGACUUUUAGACUCCCAUGCUGUUGGAGCAGCCACCAGUUACAUGAAGCAGCAACAGUCCAGCAGAGACACCCAAGAAGCUUGCUCCUACUGUGGCAAACGUGGCCACGGAAAGAAAAGAACUGCACAGGAACGCAAGACUCAGUGCCCAGCUUAUGGCCACAGGUGUGCACAAUGCAGACGUGAACACCACUUUGAGAGUGUGUGCCGUAGUGUGGACAAUCCAAGGCGCCCUUCACACACUCAGCCCAAAAACCUUGACAAGGAAAGUGCUCUGUUUGACGCAUUAUGUACUGUAGAUUCCUCUCAAAUACACCAUCAGGAUGUGAACAUUGUGAACAAUAAUAAACACAGCAUCCCGCUUGAUCAUCAUGUCUAUGACAACCUGUCUGACACUUGGAUUCGCAGAAGCUCUAAGCCUCAACCAUUCGUAAGAGUGUCAACGCCUUGUUAUUAUUUAUGCGAAAGUACAAAGACAUUACGUGUACAUGCCGUAUCGAAUGCCGCUUUGUUAAACAGUACAAUGGUAUUGAUAAGUGUUGAUAAGAGAUAUAAACAUUCCUGUACUUAAAACCUCUUGAAAUAACAGGCACAUACAUGUAUGAGCUUAUAUUAUCGCUGCAAUUAUAGCAAUUAUAUUAUCUUAUUGUAGACCUACACGUUUAAUAACAUGCGCAAAUGUCGUCAAUAUAUAAAAUAAUAUAUAUAUUUAUUUAUUUAGUCAUACACGUUGUUAUACACUACGAUUUAUAAAAUAACUGUAGUUA